CGUCAUCCCGCCGUCUCGGUAGCGACACAGACCAUGCCGCCGAGGCCGGCCGCCGCGGGUGACGGUGAGGGUACCGGUGUCGGCCCGCUGGAGCGGCUCGACGUGGUGCUGCUCGGCGCGUCCGGUUUCACGGGCCGCUACAUUGCCGCCGAGCUGAGCGCGGUGGCCGCUCAGCUGGGUCUGCGGGUCGGCGUGGCCGGCCGCGACACCCGCCGGCUGCGCCAGCUGCUCGGCAGCUCCGUCAGCAGCCAGGUGAGCGUGCUGCACGCUGACAUCUCCAGCACAGUCAGCCUGAACCGGCUGUGCCAGCGCGCCACCGUGCUCAUCAACGCCACCGGGCCGUACCACGAGCUCGGCUGGCCGGUGGUGCGCGCCUGCCUGCGCGCCGGCACACACUACGUGGACAUCUGCGGCGAACGGCUGUUCGCCGAGCGGUGUCAGGUCGAGCUGCACGACCAGGCCGAGCGCAGCGGCGUCUACCUGGUCAGCACGUGCGGCUUCGACUCGAUCCCGGCCGAGCUGGGCUCGGUGCUGCUGCAGCGCGCGCUGCCGGGCGGCCUGAGCGGGUUCCGCUGCUACCUGCACAUGCAGCCGGGCGCCGCCGGCUACCGCGGCGUCCACUUGGGCACCUGGCUGUCCAGCAUCCACGGCACGGCCUGCGUGCUGCCCGUGCUGCGGCUGCAGCGGCGGCUGUUCCCGGCGCCACUGCCGGCCGCCCGCUACCCGCUGCGCUCGCGCGGCCUGCUGCACCGCGCCGCGCCGCUCGGCGACCGCUGGUGCCUGCCGUUCCUGGGGCCGGACGUCCUGGUGCACCAGCGGUCGGCCGCCUGGCGACUGCGGCACCGCGGCACGCCGCCCGCCCAGAUGCAGCAGUACGUGGCCGUGGCCGGCUUCUGGCGCGGCCUGGUGAUCGCGCUCACGGCCGUCCUGUUCGGACUGCUCUGCUUCCUGCCCGGCGGCCAGUGGCUGCUGCGCGCCUUCCCGGAGCGGUUGUCGGCCGGGCUGAUCAGCCGGCGCGGCCCCUCCGCCGAGCAGGUGCGCCAGACGCGCUUCACAGUGGUCUGUGAGGGCGAGGGCUGGCGGCAGCCGGACGCCGCCGGGCCGCCCGACACCCGGCGCACGCUGCGGAUGCAGUUCCCCGAGGCGGCCUACCUGACCACGGCGCUGUGCGUGGUCCAGUGCGCCGUCUGCCUGCUGCGCGAGACGGACCGAAUGCCGGGCCGCGGCGGAGCGCUGCCGCCCGGAGCCGCGUUCGGGGACACCACGCUCGACCAGCGGCUCCAGGCGCGCGGCGUGCAGAUCAGUCUGGAGUCGGAGCAGGCGCACUGAGCAACCGCCUGGAGCCCGAGUCGGGGCACUGAGCUAUCGUCUUGAGCCCGAGCUGGCCCAGUGAGCCACGGCCAGUUUCCAUCAUAGUUAAAUUCAUGAUUAAGAUGAUGAUGAUGAAAACGAAAUGAAAUAUCGGCAGCAGUCCGCACUUUUGACGGUGAGCACCCUUCAAUCGGCUCACAGCAAUACGUGAAAAUGGGCGAGAAAUAUACAAGGCGUGA